AUGGUAUUUGUAAUGCCAAGCCUGGCAUUUUGUCGAACAGUUGCAAGGCAUAUACGUAUGGCAUUUUUCUUUACGAUUAAGGCCGUGUCCGGAUUGGAAGCAAACUGUGAACUUGUUCUAUCAUUUGUCCUCUUUCCAACGAAUGGGAUCUAUAACGCUCUCACAUGGAAUGAUUCUCGCAAAUUUGUGAAACUCUUCUUCGGAUCGCUUUGUCAAGAACUGGUGCCUUCUAUUUCGCUCUUCAUCCUCUUAAAUGAAUCAUUAAGUCGUUCUUCUUCAUCUCAGAGCGCAAGAGUUCCUUUCUCAUGCUAUUCAUCCGUUAAAUCCGAUGCCGCCAUGGUUCUGAUCGAAUUUUCUUUCAAAGAUUCACGCACAGCACUGAGUUUACAUCUCAGUAUAUUGAAUAUUUCUACAGCUCUUCUUCGUCAUCAAGAUUGUGGAGGAAGACGCAUAGAUUUUUAUGACGAAAAUCUCACUCGUAUAACCUUCAACAGGCGUAGCUACCGUCGACGGUGGCGAGAGGAGGAAGAUGAUUGGAACUUUGGAUUAGGGUGUACUGUUCAUCCAUGA